CUCUAAAAAUCUUAUCUCCGUGUGUAUGGGAGGUAGUGAUGGCAUCAUGCCCCUGAUAUGGCAAGACUUUUGAGUUGUUUUGGGUGCUUCCCAUGCUUUCGCUCUCAACCACCAGUAACGACGGAGCUGGGUCCGGUGCAGGAUUCCGGCAAGACAAACCCUCUGAUAGCCAACUCGGUUCACAAUAGCUUGACGGUUUCUCGUCAAUCGCCUGCGUCCUCGAGCUUGGAAUCUCAUCAGGAUGCUAUGUCUGCUACUCAAUCUCCGGAUCUGGCAGAAGAACAUGUCUUGUGUACAGCCUGCCACAGCGCAGCUUCCAACUCAGAUCUCCUGCCGACGCUGAAAAAGGGCACCGAGAAUUUUCGGUCAUAUGCCUCCCUCUCUGAGCUCAAGCUUUCGUCGCUAUCAGGGUGCCAUCUCUGUUCUCUGCUUUUUGGGGUGUUGAGAGGCAGCGACAUUGGUUCUGGAAGUGUACAGGUCAGCCUCUUCGUCUCACGAUCAGGAGGGGCCUGGUUGAAAGUCGGGAUUCUCAAUCCGGGGGAAACUCGAGAAAAGAUAAUGGGGGAGCUUUCUGUCUUUAGGAAUUUGGAAGGACGGCUUGACAAUCCGCCCGAGCCCGCUUCGCCUUUUAUGUUUCCAGACCCCAGCAUUUACAGAAAUGCACGAUUGUCCAAGUCUCUCUCCCACGAUGUCUCGGCCGCUCUGGCAAGAGAAUGGCUUAGGCAAUGCGUCACAAGUCAUAAAGAUUGUGCCCUUGCGGCAAAUCUCGGCACCUCUAACCACGGCUACCCGACACGGCUCAUCCAAGUCACCGGAGAUGAGAACCUAAAUCUACGACUCGUCCUCACAGAAAACUUCAGCAAAUCAAAACCGCCCUACCUCACCCUUUCUCACUGCUGGGGAGCGGCCAAAAUCCUCCGACUCCUCCUGGACAACCUCGCCGACUUCCAACACCAGAUCCCAUUCAACCAACUUCCUCCAACCUUCCGCGAGGCAGCAAGAGUCACGCGCCAGCUAGGCCACACACACAUCUGGAUCGACUCCCUCUGCAUCAUCCAAGACUCCAAAGCCGACUGGCGCGACGAAUCCAAGAUCAUGGGUGACAUAUACGCGAAUUCCGUCUGCACCAUCUCCGCCUUGACGGCCCUCUCCUCCGUCCAGGGGUGCUUUGCAGAAAAGAGCCCCGACGGCAAAGAGAACACGCCGCGGAACCCGCUCGCUUUUCGAAUCUGCCAUCUCCCUCACGGGCUUCACGUUGAUUGCCACCAGCGUCUUGACACGUUUUUGCAGAUUGAUCGCUCCCCUUUACCGCUGCACACGCGCGCGUGGGUUCUGCAGGAGCGGAUUUUGGGACCCAGGACGGUGUACUACGGCACCUGGGGUUUGGCUUGGGAGUGUGUCGAGUGCUUGGCGACGGAGAGCAAGCCCUGGGGGGAGGUUGGUCGGUUUUCUCCAAAGGCGGAUUUCUUGAGGGAAUGCAUUCGAGCCUCUUCCUCCUCCUCCUCUGGGGGAGACUCAUCCACUGCGCUGUUUUCAGCGUGGCGCGCUGUCCGGGCGGCCUAUACUGGUUGUCAACUAACGUAUUUUGACGACCGCCUUGUUGCCGUGUCGAGUCUUAUUCAGCGGAUCGAGAGGCUGACAUCAUGGAAAAACCUCUGGGGGAUGUGGGAGGACAAGCUGCUUGAUGAACUUUUGUGGUUCACUGAUGCACCCAGUGAUCGGCCGCACACAAGGGAGUAUUUGGCGCCGACGUGGUCAUGGGCGGGCUUGGAAGGGAGGGUUUUUGAGGAGAUGGCUUUGAUGCCUCGCGUUGGACCUAGCGGGGAGGAUCUUCUUCCUGAGUGGAUUGGAAAAGUUGUCGAGACGGGGAUGGAUGAGAAAGGGAGGGGGUAUGUGCGUUUACGGGGGGCUGUGAAGCGGGUUAUGCGCCGUCGAGAUGGCUCUGGGGGUGGUUUAGUUGAUAGGGAUAGAGGGGGGGAUCAUGCAGUUGCCUCUUGGGCGGCGGAUACGGUGGAGGAUUCGAAGCGUCCUCUAGGCAUCAUCACGGGGCAACAAGAAGGGCUUUGCUGCUUACUUCUGGCGAGGAACGCGGAUGAAAAUCCGGACCAAGUGCUUGAUCUUGGAUUGGUGAUCAGGCAGAAUGCUUCGGGCGAAGCUGUGCGGAUCGGGCGCUUUUGGCAGGCGAGAGGGGAUACAAGACCUUUGUUUCCGGCCGAAAUUAGAGAAUCGGAUAUGGAGGAUGUGCUUGUCAUUUGAUGUUCACAGAGUGUUCUCCAUGACUUUAGGAGGCAGGCGAAAUGGGCUGUUGCCGAAAUCUAAACCAUGUCGAGGGCGCAUUAGCUACAAGGAAUAAUUGUUUGUGUUUACAGUAUGUACAUGCGAAAUUACAUGUAUAAUAAGCACAUUGACUCGUGUGCUUGUACAGACCAUUCCUCAUUUCUCGC